GACGCGACCUUCCUAGAAAUAGUCGAAAGGCAACGCGGAGUCAGUGUGACGAAGUGCGUCGUGCGCAGCGGCAGCGUUUUUUUCCCCCCCUUGGAAAAUAAUUACACAGACGAAACGUUGAAGAAAACCCGUGUAACUGUGUAAGUGAGUGUGCGUGCUCGGUAAAAGAUACAGAUACAGAUACAUUUGAAGCAACAACUACAACGACAGAUACCUCGUACAACUGUAUCUACACAUGCAGGGGAAAAAACAUGCAUUAAAAGUGAAAAUUUCAAGAGUCUAAUUAAGAAGAGUAAAACGAAACACAAAAGAAAACAACAAACCAAGAAAACCCCAAGGAAUAACUGAAGGAAAACUGAAAUGGAAAACAUUCAAGUGGCAGACGAGCAGAAACCCGAUGCAGGAGGAGACCCGAACAGCAGCAGCAGCAGCAGCAACAGCUCCACAACAUCAUCCCAGCCAGCGAAUCCUGGCGAGGAAUGCGGCUGUGUGCGCCUGGGCAAAUGCAAAUGGUUCAAUGUGGCCAAGGGCUGGGGCUUCCUAACCCCCAACGAUGGCGGCCAAGAGGUCUUCGUGCAUCAGAGUGUCAUCAAGAUGUCUGGAUUUCGUUCGCUUGGCGAGCAGGAGGAGGUGGAGUUCGAGUGCCAUCGCACGGCCCGCGGCCUGGAGGCCACCAGGGUAUCGGGUCGCGCGGGGGACGAGUGCCACGGCAGCACCUACCGACCACGCAUCAAUCGUCGGACUCGCCGCAUGCGCUGCUAUAAUUGCGGCGAAUUCGCCAAUCAUAUCGCCUCCGAGUGCGCUCUGGGGCCGCAGCCGAAGCGCUGCCAUCGGUGCCGCGGCGAGGACCAUCUGCACGCCGAUUGCCCCCAUCGGAAUGUGACACAAACCAGCAGCAGCAAAAGCCUGGAGGACACGGAGCAAGCCCCCGAAGGGUGAGAGAGAGCUAGGUAGGGCCUAGUGGGGUGUCACAGGAAGUUACAAACUUCUUUGAAGAGUACAAAAAAUGCAAAAUUGAGCGAGAAACGGAAAGUAAAGGAAAGGAAAGGAGACAGAACGGAGAAACGCAUCAAAUCAAAGAAACCCAACGUACAACACACACAACACAAGGAAAUCUAUCUACACGUUUAAGUGCAGUAAUUUUUUUUUUCAUAUGCGAAUUUAGAUAUUAUACAAGAGACGGGGAACGAAGGAAUCCUUCCCCCCAAUCCUAAGCCUAAACCUAAUCCUAAACGUAACUGUAUCUACCUCUAAUUAUCCUGUAAGUUUUUAGUUCUAUGAGGUUUUCCAUUAAACGAAUUCUAGAUCUAUAAAGAUA